AACCAGAUUUCAAAAGAACUGAACACCAAACAACUCAUAAAAGAUUGCACGUGUGAAAUGCCACCAUCCGUCAUGGUGUUUUAGAGCCUGGCACGUAGGUUUUACUGUGUGAACUCUAUUUUUACCUCAUAUGUCUGAGGAAGUGGACUCGUCCACGAAAGCUCGCAUUAUAACAUGACGGAAUCUUCUCAAGUCUUACACUCCCUCAAAAUAUCUUUGUCUGUUUUUCCUCCAGGGAGGAGAAGACUCCCAAAGGAACUUCCAUUCCUUUGGCUUUUUUGGAGGAGAGGAACGUACAAGACUCUGCCAAAGCUGAGAAACAGCUGGAUGACAUGGAGGUGUGGAGCAACAAGGAAUUCCCCGAAACAGCUGCACAAACCCAUCCGAAUGAGGACUUUCUCAACCCAGAUGUUCAGCCCCAGCGUUUCCGGAAGUUCUGCUGCCAGGAAGAUUGGGAUCCCCGAGCGGUUUGUAGCCAACUCCACCAUCUCUGCCAUCAGUGGCUGAAGCCAGAGAAACACACCAAGGCUGAAAUCCUGGACCUGAUCAUCCUUGAACAGUUCCUGUCUGUCCUGCCAUCAGUGAUGGGGACCUGGGUCAGAGAGUGCAAGCCGGAAUCCACUUCCCAGGCCGUGUCCCUGGCAGAAGGUUUCCUCCUGAGCCAGAGAGCAGAGAAUAAGCAGGAGGAACAUCUGAAGUCUUCAGAAUUCUUCCCUCAAUCAAUGAACCAUCCAUGUGGUCCCAGAGAGAGGCCUCUCUUCCUGAAGAAUACGUGGGAGAAGGUAGAAAAGGCCAUUUUGCCAGUCUUCUUUGCAGAUGCAGAAAAAAUGGUGGAAACACAUCUUCACUCAUCUCUUCUCUGUGGAGGAGUGGAAACAGUAUCUCUGCGGCCCGGACAGGUCCUUUCCUUUCAGGGUGCAGUGGCUUUUGAAGACAUUGCUGUGCAUUUCUCCGAGGAGGAGUGGGCGCUGCUGGAUCCGAGCCAAAGAACUCUCCACCAGGAAGUCAUGGAGGAGAAUUUUGCCAUUUUGCUGUCUGUGGCUCCUGGGGUGAGAGAGAGAAGGCCUGAGGAAGGAGGACUUCAGAAAUGCUUGGGAAAUGUGACGGAGAAGGAGGAGAAACCCCAGAGGAGGGAAACUGGAAUCGAACAGAAAGGGAAUGAAUCCUUUCCUUCUCUGCCUAGAAGAUUCCCUGCAACCUCGUUCAAUGAAGACACCGAGCCAAGCAGUGAAAAUCAUAUGUGCUCUGUGUGGAAAGAAAGCAUCAACAAUAAAACCUGUCUGAAUUCCCAUUGGAAAAUUCGCAAUGGAAGGGAGCUACUGAAAUACUCGGGAUACAGCAAGAGUCUUUCUCAUAAUUCAUCCGUUGAAAAAGAUCUGAGAAGGCAAAGGAAGGGUUUUUGUCAGGGAACAGACCUUCCUUCCCACAAGAGCACUUCAAGGGGGGAAGCCCCCUUUCAGUGCUUGGAAUGUGGGAAGCAUUUCGGCUACAGAAGCACCCUGACGUCCCACCAAAGGAUCCACACCGGGGAGAAACCCUACAUCUGUUCCCACUGUGGCAAAGGCUUCAAUCAUAGCGGAAGCCUUACUUUCCAUCACAGGACCCACACGGGGGAGAAACCCUUUAAAUGCCUGGAGUGCGGGAAGAGAUUCAAUCAGAGCACUAAGCUGGCUUCCCACAUGAGGAUCCACACUGGGGAGAAACCCUUUAAAUGCUUGGAGUGCAGGAAGAGCUUCGGCGACAGGAGCACCCUGAAUUCCCAUCAGAGGAUCCACACCGGAGAGAAACCCUUUGAGUGCCUCAAGUGUGGGAAGAACUUCAGCCACAGCACAAACCUGGCGUCGCAUAUGAGAAUCCACACCGGGGAGAAACCCUUUAGAUGCUUGGAGUGUGGCAGGAGCUUCCGCCACAGCACUAACCUGACUUCCCACAUGAGGACCCACACCGGGGAGAAACCCUUCGAGUGCACCGAAUGCGGAAAGAGCUUUAGUCAGAGCGCGAGCCUGAUUGCUCACCAGAGAAGCCACACGGGUGAGAAGCCAUUUCAGUGCUCGGAGUGUGGGAAGCGCUUAAGUUCAAGCACACAGCUGGCUUGCCAUUUGAGAAUCCACACUGGGGAGAAGCCAUUUGAGUGUGUGGUGUGUAGAAAGAGCUUCAGCGACAGCACACACCUGGCCCGCCAUGGGAGGAUCCACACAGGGGAGAGACCCUUUACAUGUCUGGAGUGCGGGAAGUGCUUCAGCCGGAAGACACAUCUCUCUGCCCAUCAACGAACCCACACGGGAGAGAAGCCAUUUAAGUGCUUUGAAUGUGGAAAAUGCUUCAGUAGGGCGGUGCACCUUGCUUCCCACAUGAGAAUCCAUGGCCAGGAAGAAACAUUUCCUUGCUCGGAGUGUGGAGAGAGCUUUAGGCGAAAAAUGCACCUCACAAGCCAUCAAAGAAUUCACAGAGUAACAAAUAGAGAUGGAAUAACCCCCCCCCCACACACAGGUGGCGUUAAUGAGGGCCCGGCGUUAAUGAGGGCCCGGCUCCAUGGGUCCGGACGGUCCACUCACCGAUCUGCCAUGGAUGCGGACAGCAUGAUUCUACGAAUGGCUCUGCAGUGCGCAAUCUGCUCCCCACGGUCCGGCCGCUCACCGAUCCGCUGCGGACACGGACGGCGCAAUUUGACAAGCGGCUCUGCGCUCCCCUCCCUCGGGGGGGGUGUGUGUGCGAUCCAGGUGGGGCUGCAGUUCCCCCAUUCCGAAUCUCCGUCUUUGUCUGAUUGCUUCAAUCUUGGAGGGUUGGAAACCAGUUUCCCGGUGACCGGACUCCACACUGGUGCCCGGAUUUUGUUUGCGGUGCAGAAGUCCUCAGCAUCUCUCAUAUUGGGGAGAGGCUCCUCCUGCAGAAGACAUAGGAAAAGAGAGGAAGAGCUGCUUCGCCGGGGUCCCGUAGCUAUCGAGGACGUUGGUGUGCAUUUCUCCGAGGAAGAGUGGGUGCUGCUGGAUCCAGGCCAACGGGCUCCCCACCCGGAAGUCAUGGAAGAAAAUAGCACUAGUGUGGUGACUCUGGGCUUUGGCAUGAUCUUUGGAACAGAGCCUUCCUCAACCCUUUUUUCUGGAGGGCCAGAAACAGAUUCUCUGCAACCCGAUUUAAUUGGUGCCAAGCCGUGGAGAGGUGCUGGGUACUUCUCUCCUUUGGACAUCGCCCUCAACUUGAAGGGUGUAAUGAUGACCUUUGAGGAUAUUUCCGUGUCUUUCACGGAGGAGGAAUGGGCACUGCUGGAUCCUGGCCAAAGGUCCCUGCACACAGAAGUCACAGAAGAGAAUUUAGCCAGUCUGAUCUCUCUGGCAACUCACAUGAGAGAGAAGACAAAUGAAGAAAAAGAAGAUAGCAUACCCUUGGGAGCAGGCAUUGAUAAAAAGCAGUCACCGUGUUUAGAAUAUCGUAAGAGCUUCAGCGGGACAAACAACCUUUGUUACCGUCAACCAUUCCAGACAAUAGAUAAAUCUUUGGAAUGCAGAGAGAACUUCAUUCACAGCACAAUCCUUAAUUACGACAUGAGACUCAACAAUGUGGAGAAACCAUUUAAAUGUGCUGAAUGUGAGAAGUGCUUCGUUUGGGCUUCAGACCUUGCUACGCAUAAGAGAAUCCACACGGGAGAGAAACCCUUUCGGUGCUUGGAAUGUGGAAAGAGCUUCAGUCAAUGCUACCUUGCUCUCCAUAUGAGAAUCCACACAGGAGAGAAACCAUAUGAAUGUGUGAAAUGUGGGAAAAGCUUCAGUCAGGGCUCAAACCUUGCUUCCCAUAUGAAAACUCACACUGGGGAGAGACCAUUUAAAUGCCCAGAAUGUGGAAAGAGCUUCAGUCAGGGAACAAAUCUUGAUUCCCAUAUGAGAAUCCACACAGGAGAGAAGCCCUUUAAAUGUUCAGAAUGUGGAAAGGACUUCAGAUACAGUGCAAACCUUGCUUCGCAUAUGAAAACUCACACAGGAGAGAAACCCUUUAAAUGCUUGGAAUGUGGGAAGCACUUCAGUGAAAAUGCAAACCUAGCUUCCCAUAUGAGAACCCACACAGGGGAGAAGCCAUUCACAUGUCAGGAAUGCGGAAAGAGUUUCCGUCACAGCACACGGCUUGCUUCCCACGUGAGAAUCCAUACAGGGGAGAAGCCGUUUAAAUGCUCAGACUGUGGGAAGACCUUCAGCCAGAGCACACACCUUGCUUCCCAUAUGAGAAUCCAUACGGGGGAGAAACCAUUCAAAUGCUUAGAAUGUGGGAAGUGCUACAAUGAGAGAAUUAGACUUAGCUGUCACGAAAAAAUCCACACAGGAGAGAAACCCUUUAAAUGCUUGCAGUGUGGAAAGACCUUCAACUGGAGCACAAACCUGGCUUCCCAUAUGAGAAUCCACACAGGGGAGAAACCAUUUCAGUGCUUGGAAUGCGGAAAAAGUUUCAGGCAGAUAGGAAAACUUGAUUGCCAUAUGAGAACCCACACAGGAGAGAAACCAUUUGAGUGCUUAGAAUGUGGAAAGUGUUUCAGUCAGAACGGAGCCCUCGUUUCCCAUAAGAGAACCCACACCGGGGAAAAACCUUUUGAAUGCUUACAAUGUGGGAAAAGUUUCAGCCAUAGGACCGUCCUUUCUUCCCACAUGAGAACCCAUACAGGAGAAAAACCGUUUAAAUGUGUGGAAUGUGGGAAAUGUUUCAGCCAGAACACAGGCCUAGUCUCUCAUAUGAGAUCCCACACCGGGGAGAAACCUUUUGAAUGCUCACAAUGUGGGAAAAGUUUCAGCCAUAGGACCGUCCUUUCUUCCCACAUGAGAACCCAUACAGGAGAAAAACCGUUUAAAUGUGUGGAAUGUGGGAAAUGUUUCAGCCAGAACACAGGCCUAGUCUCUCAUAUGAGAUCCCACACUGGGGAGAAACCUUUUGAAUGCUCACGAUGUGGGAAAAGCUUCAGCCAUAGCACAGUCCUUGCUUCCCACAUGAGAACCCACACGGGAGAGAAACCAUUUGAGUGCUUAGAAUGUGGAAAGUGUUUCAGUCAGAACGGAGCCCUCGUUUCCCAUAAGAGAAUCCAUACUGGGGAAAAACCUUUUGAAUGCUUAGAGUGUGGGAAAAGCUUCACACAGAGCAGAAAUCUUGCUCGCCAUAUGAAAGUUCAUGUGGGGGGGAAACCAUUUAGAGGUGGGAAUUCUGAAAAAGAAUUCAAGCUGUACUCGUUUCUUCCCAGCAAAGACUCUAUGGAAACAGAGGGGGCCUUUAGGCAGAAAACACACUUGACUUUAUAUCAAGAAAUCCACAAAGGUGAGAAGAUGUAGUAUUUUUUUCUGCAAACUGAGCAUUUUUUUAUCCAUCUUGGAAGAUUUAAUAGUUUUGUUAGAAUUAGUGAUUCCCUCCCCCCAUUCUAGUUACUGUUGGGCUGUUACCAAGAAUAUAGGGCGUAGGUAUAUAAAAAUAUUAUUUUUAAAAAAUAAACAACAGUGGUACCUCGA